AUGAACCCACACGCACAGUUCCUGCACGACCAGGCGUUCUCUGGCUGCAAUGACCAGCAGACAGGGACGGAUUCUUAUUCACAGCAGAGCCGUGAUUCCACUCCUGAUGAUGGACACAUCCUUGUCCAGAGCUUGUCCAAAACGAAACCGUCUUCAGCCUUCCGGCCUCGUCUCCUCCUCGUAGCAUUCACCUCCCUAGCAGCAGCAUACUUUCUGCUUAUUUGUUUUCACUUCAUAAAAUUUGGACGGCUUUUGGCUCCGCAGAGCCGAUACCUCGCAGAUCGCUACGAUGGAUCAUGUGAUUGGGGCAAUGCUGCAGAGCACAGUGACAACAGCGAGGACAGAACGGCAGGAGGAACCCCAGAAUAUCGAGCGCAGGAGAUGACGAAUGAAGGCCUGCUUUUGCCGCAUUAUCAGACUCGUGGAGUGCACGAGUCUGUCACAACAAGUUUUCAAGGAGUAGGCGUUGCGGUGUCAACUGGAGUGGAGACUCGCGGGACCAAUUUGGGACAGUGGGCACAGGAGCGCCAGCAGUAUCCUGUGAGCGACUGGGCAAACCGUAAUCUACCUCCGCCAGUAAAGGAGCGUUUGACGGGCAUCUUCUCACGAAUGGUGAGAGCGUCGAAGCUGUGCAUGUCAUUGCUACCAAUGCUAACCCUCACACAGCGCCUGCACGCGACGUAUCUUGUGAUGCGGCUGAUUGCACUGGAUUUGGGAGCCCUUUCGUUAGUGAGGGAGGACAUGGAGCCUGCACGGCAAAGCGUGGGGGACUCUCUCAUCAGUUUGGGUUUUCAGUGUCUUCGCUGCAGCGGGGCUGACGCACAACAUGAAAAUCUUCGCACCGAGAUUCGCCAACUAAUAGGCUUAGUUGAAAGGAUCAAACUGCCACGACGAGUAACCACGGAAUAUAAUGCUACGAAGUACAGGAAGAAGAUGCUGACCCUGUUGCCUACUUGUGGUUUGGUGCUGAAGAAGCAUUUAGGCGUUUUGGAGGGUUUACUUCAAUCCACUGGAGGAGACUCACGGAAGCUGCCAGAUGCCGUGGUUGAGCAGCAGUUUGGUGUUCUAAAGGCACUCUACAACGUACAUGCUGAGCAUAUCAUCAACGACGACUCUACUUCUAAGCACAUCCGAAAGUGCCAGGAACAAACUAAGACGUAUUUGCUUCUCGAUAACCAGCAAGUAGAGACGGAUAAAUCGUACAUUCCGAAAUUGAACGAUUUGCAAAAGCGGAUAAGAGAAGCAGUCAGCAACGCCGGUGGCCUUCUACGACUGGAACAGCCAAGUGCGCAACCCCACCACACUCAUGUCAGGAUGUUCUUUGGAGAGAGUCAAAUAAGAGAGGCUUACCCUGGAGCACUGCAUGGACAAUGGGGACACCACAUGCUGCAACGAAGCUCUGCUGCAGCGGAGCAGCAAUCACUUCACUUCGCAGCUUUCUCGGAGAACGAAAACGCCUACGGAAGCGCGUCUUUGCCUUCUUCUCCAUAUCCACUGCGGGAGCCUUGGCAGCCGCCUUACCAAGGCCACGAAUCAGUUGCGCGGCCCGUGCCGCAAGUCACUAGCGGUCCUGGGAAUCAGCAGUCACAGUCAGUCUUGCCGCCGUCUCUUCAGGCAUUGGGUGGUUCUACGAUGCCUUGGAUGGACACAGCACACCAACGCAUUCAAGGCGCAGGUCCCCGUCUAUCGUUGGCACGUGCGCCCCUUUCGCGUCCCCAUCGUCCUUGGGCUACUCAGGCGACUGAGUCUGUCGCUUCUACCGCUUCGCUACAGCGGCAACGACCCGCUGGAGGCAGUGUGGAAGGACCCUUGGAGGCCACUGCGCAGCUGGGACAAAGGGCUCGAGCCGAGCAGCCCGUGAGGUUUGAACCACCAGCAGCAAGAUCUCAAAUAGGUGCUUACAGCCUUUUUGGGCAAGGAGGUGUUCCUUCCUGGUCUCCAGUUUCAGCAGCGUCAGCUGCCUCCGCUGAUAUACGUGGCAGUGCAGGUCGUGGUCAGGCGAGUAGUCACAGGCAGGGUCUGCAUCACGCUAAUGCAGAUAGCGUAAAUGAAGGGCAGAGCAGCCGUGAGGCUGGACAUUUUGGUGAAGAUCAUUAG